UGUUAUUUUCAGUUCGUAGCCCCAACAGAAUCUGGAUGGCAAAUCCCAACUGAAGGCUCCAUCCCCUCUCUCUUUUUUCAUUUCUGAAACAGAAAUCCAGUAGGAAGAAGACGGGAAGAUAUUUAGGGCCAUCCAUUGACCGUGUGGUUGGUUGAUCAUUUACACUCCCCAAACUCCCCUCUACUCUUCAGGUUCGCUUCAGCCGAGUUUUUCUCGAGUCCAAACUUUGACCCAUUUCAAAUCUUUUUUCCCCUUCUUUGCUUUUCUCCUGUUUGCCAGUUCGAAUACAAACCACCCAUUCCGCAGAAACUAUAAUUAACAGUGAUUCGAGAGAGAGGAAGAGCGAAAGGAUUGGAUUGCCGCACUCUAAAGUUAUUAGAUAGAUAGAGAGAGAGAGAGAGUCCCUCUUCCCUUACCUUUCCCCCCUUUCUCCUCAAAGAACAGCGAAGAACAAUCUCUCUCCUAUUCCACAUCUGAUCCUCGUUUUCUUUCUUCUUGGAGGGAAGAGGGUAGAUCAAAUAAGAGUCGUUGCUUCUUCUGUGGAGGGAGGGGAGGGCCGAAGCAAAAAAGAAAGGGAGAGGGGUGGUGGCAAGCAAGGAUUCGAUUCUUGCCCAAUUUCUUUUCUUCUUAUUGGAACUACAAAUUUUAGUUGAAAGCAGAAAUCCUAAAAACUAUUUGUUAUUAGAUGAUGGACGUCGCCCCCUCCAGCCCGGGCAAGUUCAAGAUGGACAAGCCCCACCACCACCAUUUCCACCACCACCCCUCCACCGCCCGCCUCCUCCUCCUCCGGUGGCACCACUAUUUCCCCCUCUCCAAGUUCGCCAUUUGGGCCUUCUUCGCCAUCGCUCUCUUCGCUGUCCUCUUCCUCCUCUCCCCGCGCGCCCCUUCCGAUGCCGCUGAUUCCGGCUCUCCAUCUUCCUCCAUCCUCGGCGGCGGCGGCGGUGGCGAGCACCGCCGCUCCCUCCGCACCGCCUCCUGGGGCGGCCCCGACUGGGAGAAACGCGUACGCUCCUCCGCCCGCAUCCGCCGCCAGCCCGGCGGCCUCUCUGUCCUCGUCACCGGCGCCGCUGGCUUCGUCGGCACCCACGUCUCCGCCGCCCUCAAGAAGCGCGGUGACGGUGUCCUCGGCCUUGACUGCUUCAACGACUACUACGACCCCUCCCUCAAGCGCGCCCGGCAGGCCCUCCUCAAGCGCGCGGGGGUCUUCGUCGUCGAGGGCGACGUCAACGACGCCCUCCUCCUCCGCAAGCUGUUCGACGUCGUCCUCUUCACCCACGUCAUGCACCUGGCCGCCCAGGCCGGCGUCCGCUACGCCAUGAUCAACCCGGCCUCCUACGUCCACUCCAACGUUGCCGGCCUCGUCUCUCUCCUCGAGGCCGCCAAGUCCGCCGACCCCCAACCCGCCAUUGUCUGGGCCUCCUCCUCCUCCGUCUACGGCCUCAACUCCAAGGUCCCCUUCUCCGAGUCCGACCGCACCGACCGCCCCGCCUCCCUGUAUGCCGCCACCAAGAAGGCCGGAGAGGAGAUCGCCCACGUCUACAACCACAUCUACGGCCUCUCCAUCACCGGCCUCCGCUUCUUCACCGUCUAUGGCCCCUGGGGCCGCCCUGACAUGGCCUACUUCUUCUUCGCCCGCGACAUCCUCCGCGGCAAGCCCAUCUCCAUCUUCGAGGGCCCCGGCCACGCCACCGUCUUCCGCGACUUCACCUACAUCGACGACAUCGUCCGCGGCUGCGUCGCCGCCCUCAACACCGCGGGGAAGAGCACUGGCAGGGGCGGCAAGAAGCGCGGGCCCGCUCCGCUCCGCGUCUACAACCUCGGCAACACCUCCCCCGUCCCCGUCGCCGACCUCGUCUCCAUCCUCGAAAAACUCCUCGGCGUCAAGGCUGUCCGCAAGGUUGUCAAGAUGCCCCGCAACGGGGACGUGCAGUUCACCCACGCCAACAUCACCCUCGCACGGCGCGAGCUCGGCUACCACCCCACCACAGACCUCCGCACCGGGCUCAAGCGCUUUGUCCGGUGGUACCUCCAGUACUACCACCCUAACUUGGUCAAGAAGAGCGGCAGCAAAGGCGGCAGCACCAGUAGUUGAGGAUGACGACGAGAGCAGCAGCGGAUCAGGUGUCCGGGUCUACUUCUAUACUUCUUCCUGAGGUCGUCCGGAUUGUUCUUCUUUGAAUUCAUCCUCUGCAGAUUGAUUUUCGUACGGAAAUUCUUCUCCCUCCCCGUCUUUAAAUUUUCAAUCAGUUUCUUUUGCUUGAGCUUGGCGCUUCUUGGGCUUCUUCUAUGUCUUCAUUAGUAUCAUUGCUAGAAGAAGAAGAAGGAAAUCAAUCAAUGGGUAGUCCCAUGGCGAGGAGUUUUACAUCUGUGGUGGUGUUUAGCGUUUGCAGGAGACUCUCAUGAUCUGUACUACAAAAGAAAAGCAAGCACAGCAUUUCUUUCUUCUGUUCUUUCUAAUUAUUUUUCUCCACAUUUUGCAUUGCUGCAUUUCUCACUGGCAGUCAUAUGUAGUUUUAACAUUGUGUUCUGUACAUAGCUGAUGAAUUUAUUAGAGGAUAUUCUAAUUGAUGGAGACCUUACUUGUCAUGACACAAUUUUAAUAAAGAACAGCGCCCAUGACUUUGGGCUUGUUAUUAC